AAUGAAGAGUGGUAAACUUAGAAAACGCAGAAUAGAAAAAGCAAAAACCUUCGAUUCGCAGCAUUCAACCAAAACCGAGUCUUUGGAUAUUCAUUCAUAGCUGUGUUGUUUUUCAUCUGACCGAUGUGUGGAGGAGCUAUUAUCUCUGACUUCAUUCCGGCGGCGGUCACUGCCAGGUCUCGCCGGAUCACCGCCGGUUACCUGUGGUCGGAUUUGAAGAAACGGACAUCUGAGGUCAUCCACUCCGAUGAUGACUUCGAGGCUGAUUUUAGGGAUUUCAAGGACGAUUCCGACAUCGAAACCGACGUCGACGCCGACCACGAAGUCAAACCCUUUGCUUUCUCCGCCUCUUCUCAGCGGGCAGUGAAAUCUGUGGCAUUCAAUGGUGGAGCUGAGAAGUCUGCAAAGAGAAAGAGGAAGAAUCAAUAUAGGGGAAUUCGUCAACGUCCUUGGGGGAAAUGGGCAGCUGAAAUCAGGGAUCCAAGAAAGGGCGUUCGUGUCUGGCUUGGAACCUUCAACACUGCUGAAGAAGCUGCAAGAGCUUAUGAUGCUGAAGCACGGAGGAUUCGUGGCAAGAAAGCCAAGGUGAAUUUCCCUGAAGAAGCUUCCGUGAAACGUUCUAAGGUGAAUCCACUGGGAAAUCGGAAGAUUGUUCAACCCAAUGUUCACAAGUUCAAUGCUGGGAACAAUCAGAAGGACCUUCCCUGUCCUAUGGACCUGAUGGAACAGAAACCCCUAGUUAACCAGUUUGCUGACAUGGGUUCAUUCCCUGGCAGUGGAAAUGGACUCAGAUCUCUGCCUUCGAAUGAUGAUGUGACCCUUUACUUCAGUUCAGAUCAGGGGAGUAACUCAUUUGAUUAUGCAGAUCUUGGGUGGAGUGAAAAGGCCCCCAAAACUCCUGAGAUCUCAUCCAUGCUUUCUGCUCCUUUGGAUCGCGAUUCUCAUUUUGCACAGGAUGCCAACCAUCAGACUAACUCUCAGGAUGUGGUAUCUAUGCAAGAUGAUUCUUCCAAGACCCUCUCUGAGGAGCUUGUGGAUAUUGAAUCUGAGUUGAAGUUUUUUCAGAUGCCUUAUCUUGGAGGGAGCUGGGAUGAUACUUCAUUGGAGUCCUUGCUAUCUUGUGAUACAACCCAGGAUGGUGGAAACCUGAUGAACCUUUGGAGCUUUGAUGACAUUCCUUCCAUGGCUGGCGGAGUUUUCUGAACAGCCUUUUGUUGGCCUCCUCCCUGUGUAUUUAAAUAAACUGCACAUUAUUUUUCAUUUUCCUUCGGAGUUCAUUAAUUUUGUUUGUGUUUUUGUUGCAUUUAUUCCUCCCAAGUAACAUCUUUGCUUGUGCCUGACAAAAAUAGGAUGUUAUUUCCAUUUUUCUUACUCACUGGAAUGGUUGUGAUCUCUGUUGAGGAUAGAGUUGAAAACAAUUAACUCGCUCAGCACGAGUGAAGUUUAUUAUUCUCUUGUUUUUAAA